ACACACAAACACACUGACAAAGCCCACAAACAUGCUGGCUGUCUCGCAUACACUCACUCUCUCAGUUUUGCCUCCAUCUGAUUGAGUACCUUUUCAUUCUUGGGCACUCACCAGCAGUCUCUGUCCAUCUCUCUCUCUCUCUCUCACACACACACACACACACACACACACACCCCCUGGAAGGAAUCCUGCAGUUUGCGGCUGCAGCACUCUGGAUAUGCGGGACCGUCUGCUCUGAGAUCACUAGGACGAGGUUUUUCCAUGUGGAUACGGAUCCAAAGAUUCUAGCAACUGUCACAGACGGAGUUGGCUAAGCCGGAAACGCGAGUAGGAAAAGGACAGCCUCGUCCCCAAGAGGAACAAUACCAGCAGUGGAAAGGACAAGAAACGGACAGAUUCCAGCUGACGUUCAGCCAUGCAUGGCUCCACUCUUAUAUUCAUCCUCAUUGGGGUGCUCCUGUACUUGAUGAUGGGGGCUUUGGUCUUCAAUGCCCUGGAGGCUCCAAAUGAGGAAAGCCAUCAUGACGAUCUGCAAGCUACCCGUAAGGAGUUCUUGGGCAACUACACAUGUGUAGACCCUGAGCAUCUAUCGAAUCUGAUAGAUGUGGUGGCAGAGGCUCUCAGUGUUGGAGUUGACCCCAACAGCAAUGCCACAUUCAGCACCAGUUGGGACCUGGCCAGCGCUUUCUUCUUCUGUGGCACCAUUGUCACCACCAUCGGUUAUGGGAACAUUUCUCCAAAGACUACGUGGGGUCAGCUCUUCUGUAUCUGCUAUACACUGGUGGGCAUUCCUUUGUUUGGAUUUCUAUUGGCUGCCGCAGGAGACCAUCUGGGGACAUCACUGAGCAACGCCAUUGCUAAAGUUGAAGCUCUUUUAUGGAAGUGGAAGGUGAGUCCGACCAUUGUGCGUGUCAUCACCGCUGUGCUGUCCAUCCUGCUGGGCUGUGUUCUGUUCAUCUUUGUGCCAAUUUUAAUCUUCCAUGAGAUUGAAAAUUGGUCUCUGCUAGAAUCCGCCUACUUUGUGGUCAUCACCCUCACAACAGUGGGCUUUGGAGACUAUGUUGCAGGCCAUGUCCAUACAAAAAAAGAUCAUUGGUACAAGCCUCUGGUGUGGUUCUGGGUUUUGUUUGGAUUGGCCUACUUUGUGUCCAUUCUUUCCAUGAUUGGGAACUGGAUCCUAGUUCUUACCAAAAAAACCAAAGCUGAGAUGGAGGGGUUGAGAGCACAUGCCUCGGACUUUACUCAGAACAUCCAGAACAUGUCUGUGGAUUUCAACAUGUCUGGAAAAUUUGAAGAUCCUUUCAAGCGCACCAGGCGAAAGCGGCGUCACAGGCGCCAAAGACACAAUGGCAGUCAGGGUAGAGUCAGAGAGGAUGGCAAAGAGGAGAAUGAAUCCGAAUCUGGCUCCUACUCAGGUUCAUCGGAUGAGUCGGAAAGCAGCUCCGAGUCCCAAUCGGAGGAAACCCAAACAGACCGGGUCCCGGAGGGAGGGGGUAGCGACAAGGGCAAAGAUUUAGUGGAAAAAGAAAAACUCCAUGCCAUGCCCAAAGAUCCUGUCCUCUCUCAGCCCUUGGAUUAUCUUGGGGAAAAUCUUGCAUACAUCGACGAGUCUUCAGAUGCACUGAGUGGCAAGAUUCACCUAGACCCCCUGCUGGAUGUACCAGAAUCGAACCCAGCUUCUACAGACAGGCCCAAAAGGAGACGUCAAAGGAGACACUUGAGAAGGGAUCAACAGAAACCCAAGACUCCUAAAACCAGUCCAAACGAACCAGAGAACAAAGCACCAAAUGGAGACAUUAGACCGAAAGAUCCACCUACGCCAAUGCUGUGAGCGUCAAGGUGUUCAUGGGGUUUGUAGCUCCUCAGAAAAGCUUCUUUGGAAUAAAGUUUUGCAAAUUUGCUAGCUUUAGGAUAUGCUGUGCUCCACUGAAGGCACCUGGCAUCAUUCUCAGAUUUUAUUGGGACAAAAUAAGAAACUAUCCAUGUGCCUAAAAUGAGAAGAGGGUUAGGUGUGGUCAAAUCUUGGACCCCUCAACAUGAGUGAGAACUUUUAUUGGGUAAUCGUAUAGGGGCCUGAUGUGCAGGAAGGCCAUGGUGAUCAGACACUUAGUGCCAUCUACUGGACAUUCACUGCUCAUGACUGGCUCAUUUGUUUAUGGGUGCAAUGACAGUCAGUGAAUGUUUGAUUUCUGUGUGCCUUUCGUAAUCACAAUAGUAAAGGAAUGACACCCUUUUACUAAUCCAACUCAACUGAUGCUUACUGCUUGAGUUUAAAGUGUAACGGUUUUAUAUUACUGGUAAAUAACAUUAUGCUACGGAAGCCUGUUCCUGCUUAAAGUUUAAAAAAAAAAAAAAAGGUGUACCAAUUAUUUUUAUUUCUCAUACCUGCAACUAUGUCUCACAGUUGUAACUUUAUUUCGACUUUCUUGGUCUUGCUAACACACACACACACACACACACACACACA